GGGCUGAGGGAAGCUGCCUUCCCCCGAACUCUCCCGCCGCCCAGGGCCGUGUCCCAGCCCGAAGAGGAGCUCGGCGUAAGCGUGAAAGCGUCUCUCCCCCGCAGGAGUGGGUCCUACACGAGCUACUGCCCCUCCCCCCCCCGGCCCGCUCAGAAAUCGAUUUCACUUUCAAUCUCAAACAUCCGCCAAGGUGCAGAGAGCCGAGAGGAAGCGAGCGGCUGGGAUUUUCUCUCCGUUAGCUCUUAGGCGAGCCGGGCGGGGAAUCGCUGGCUCUGUGGCCGGUCCAGUCGCGCUCCAGUGUUUGAUCAGCGGCUGCUGAAGGCCGAGGGUUGGCCUGAGCGAGCUGCGGGAUCCCAGCCGGUCCGGUGGGCGAUGGAGCAGCCCGUGUGCCUCGUAGCCAACCCGGCCGACGGGGAGCUGGAGGUGAUGGAGGAGGCGCUGGAGGCCCUGCGCGACGUGGAUCAGCCCGUGGUGGUGGUGGCCGUGGCUGGGCUGUAUCGCACCGGCAAGUCCUACCUCCUGAACCAGCUGGCCGGCAGGAGAACGGGGUUCUCGCUGGGCUCCACGGUGCAGUCGCACACCAAGGGCAUCUGGAUGUGGUGCCUGCCCCACCCGUGCCAGGCUGGCCACACCCUGGUGCUGCUGGACACCGAGGGGCUGGGCGACGUGGAGAAGGGCGACACCAAGAACGACGCGUGGAUCUUCGCGCUGGCCGUGCUGCUCAGCAGCACCCUGGUCUACAACAGCAAAGGGACCAUCGACCAGUAUGCCAUGGAGCAGCUGCACUUUGUGUCCGAGAUCAGCACCCACAUCCGGACGAAAGCCCAGGCCCAGGAUGGCUUUGAGGACGACAGUCAGUACCCCCGCUUCUUCCCCAAAUUCAUCUGGGCUGUUCGGGAUUUCACGCUGGAGCUGAAACUCAACGGGCGGGAGGUGACGGAGGACGACUAUCUAGAGAACGCGCUAGUGAGGAGGAAGGGUUUCACGAAGGAAGUGAUCCAGUACAACCUGCCCCGCGACUGCCUUCGCAACUACUUCCCCAUCCGCAAGUGCUUUGUCUUCGUGCCGCCCGUGGCGGGGGAGGAAAUGAGCCAGCUCUGCACGCUGCCGGACAGCGCCCUGCACCCGCAGUUCCUCGCGCAAGCCACCAGGUUCUGCGAGUACGUCCUCCGGGAGUCACAGGUCAAGACCGUCCCCGGAGGGCAGCCCGUCACCGGCCGACUGUUUGGCGCCUUAGUGCAGAGCUACGUGGACACCAUCCGCAGCGGGCAGGUGCCCUGCCUGGACAGCGCGGUGACCGCCAUGGCUGCCAUCGAGAACGAGGCGGCCCUCAGGGAGGCGCUGGCUCACUACGCGGCCGGGAUGGAGGGGCUGCGGCUGCCGGCGGAGCUGGGCGAGCUCUCGGCGGCGCACGGGACGUGCGAGGGGGACGCCCUGCGGCUUUUCAUGCAGCGCUCCUUCAAGGACGAGGGUUACACGUACCAGAAGCGGCUGAUGGAGGUGAUGAAGGAAAGUUAUGGGCGGUUGUUGGGCCAGAACGAAGCUGCGUCCAGGGACUCCUGCCGCGCCCUGCUGAAGACGCUCUUAGCCGACAUGCGGAAGCAGCUCAGCGAUGGGGUUUACUCCCAGCCCGGUGGGUACGAGCUCUACCUGAGAGACCGGAGCCGGGUGGUGGAAGAUUUCCGCAAGACCCCCAACAAAGGAGUCAAGGCGGAGGAGGUACUGGAACAGUUCCUGGCCAGCAAGAGGAGUGAAGCGGAAACAGUCCUCAGCGUCGACAAAAAGAUGACUGAAGCAGAAAAGAACCUGGCCACCCAGAGGCAGAAGGUGGAGCUGCUGGAGCAGCAGCAGAAGGCGGCAGAGGAGAAGCGGCUGCAGACAGAGCAGCUGAUGAAGGACCAGGAGCGCAGCCACCAGGAGAACGUGAAGCAGCUGGAGGCCAAGGUGGCGGAGGAGCUGGCCAGUGCCCGGCAGGAGGCAGAGCGGGCACUGCAGAGCAAGCUGAAGGAGCAGGAGGCCAUGCUGCAGCAGGGCUUUAAGGAAAUGGCCCAGAUGCUGGGGGAGGAGAUCACCGAGUUGAGGAAGGAAAUAACCCAUUCCAAAGAGCAGGAGCUUCUCAACACGGCGAAAGUUUUAGCUAGGGCUCUCACGCUCGCUUAUGACGCGUGGCUCCAUGGCGACGAAGAUGCCCACCCCGCCCUGUGAUGGAGUAGGGGCUGUCUGUGUGGGGAUGGGAGGGCCGGGGGUGACUUUAGGUGAGGGACAGGAUCUAAGCCUGUAACCUGAGCCAGGUAGAGGGAGGGGGUUAGCACCUGGGCCAGGAAGCUGGACAAAGGAAUUGGCCGGCUGGAGGGGGGGCAGGUCAGUUUCGGUUUUGGGUUGGGUGAGGGGAAUUCAGGGGAUCCUAUUCCGGGGUCCAAGUGCCCUGAACCCCAAGAAGGACUCGAUGGAGGGGUCCUGACUGUGCCUGCAAGCUCUGCUGUAACCUGCAAUCCUGUUGUCCAAUAAACCUUCUGUUUUA